UUAUAUCUAUGUAUAGAGAUGUGUCGUCUCUCUAUAUGAUCUACUUCUACCACGUCACGCUCUAAACUUGAGCGGCUUCGCCUCGCCUCCCCGUUGGACUGGUUAGGUUAGAGAUUGUUGUCCAACUGGCUGACACAACCGCAGCAGCAGCUUAGACUUGUCUAUGAUUACUGAAAGCUAGACCGACUUGCCCCACCUUGUUAGCAUUAGUGUUGUGGCCAGGGAGGUUCAACAAAAUCUAAUUUGAUGCGGAAAUUUGCCGAAAGUCGUUAGAUAGUCUCCACCUGUUAUUUGCUAUAGCGAGAGGCUAAGUUAGCUACCGUCAACGUUACUGUUGACUGCUAGCUCACGCUAGCUAAUUGUGUUAGGGUCUGCCCCUGCUGCGUAUCAUAGCUAGGUUGUCAACAUGCUGCAGUGAGUAAUGCAACGAGUGUUGAUAUUAAUAAUGGCCACCUGGGGGGCGCAAGGAUGCUCCAAUUCAGAGAGCUGCCCGACGCUGUUGCCCAAUUCCUCAAAGGAAUACUGUUUCACUGCCCGAAUUCGCAGUACAGUGCUCCAGGGCUUGCCUUUCGGUGGGGUGCCUACUGUCCUUGCCCUUGACUUUAUGUGCUUCUUGGGGCUGCUGGUUGUGUUCUCCUUCUUGAGAAAAGUAGCAUGGGACUAUGGGCGCCUGGCCCUGGUGACUGACGCUGACAGAAGAAUGGAUCAACGGUACAGUCGCCUGGAUGAUCGGGAAUAUGUGGCCUCUAACAUGACAUCAGAGACACCAGAACGCUAUGAGCGCCUCACCUCAGUUUCCAGCUCUGUGGACAUUGAUCAGAGAGACACAGGCUUCUGCUCCUGGCUAACUGCCGUCUUCCGCAUUAAGGAUGAAGAGAUAAGGGAGAAGUGUGGUGAAGAUGCAGUACAUUACCUGUCCUUUCAGCGCCAUAUCAUUGGCCUGCUGGUAGUUGUGGGCGUGCUGUCUGUGGGCAUCAUCUUGCCCGUUAACUUUUCGGGAAACCUACUUGAAAACGAUGCCUUUAGUUUUGGGCGAACCACUAUAGCAAAUUUGGAUGCUGAUAAUGCACUAUUGUGGCUGCACACCACCUUUGCAUUUCUCUACCUGUUACUGACUGUGUACAGCAUGAGACGGCACACUUCCAAGAUGCACUACAAGGAGGAUGACCUGGUGAAACGCACUUUAUUUGUCAAUGGAAUCUCCAAAUAUGCAGAGGAGACUGAGAUAAAGCAACACUUUGAGAAGGCGUAUGAAAGCUGCGGCUGUGUUGUACUGGAAGCUCGUAUCUGUUACAAUGUGGCCAGGCUGAUGUAUCUUAACUCUGAAAGGAAAAAGACAGAGCGCAGCAAGAAAUUCUUCCUUGACCUGCAGGCCAAGGAGCAUAUUACCGCCAUGAUCAACCCAAAACCCUGUGGACACCUUUGCUGUUGCAUCAUCAAAGGCUGUGAGCAGGAAGAGGCAGUGAGUUACUAUACCAAGCUGGAGGCACAACUAAGAGAGGAAUACAGGAAGGAGAGAGAAAAGGUUAACAGGAAGCCCUUAGGGAUGGCCUUCGUCACCUUCCAGAACGAGUCCAUAACUGCCAUAAUCUUGAAAGACUUUAAUGCUUGCAAGUGUCAGGGCUGUCACUGUCGUCGGGAGCCCAAGAGCUCUCAAUUCAGCCCCAAGCUCCACACACAGAAUUGGACUGUCAGCUACGCCCCUGAUCCACAAAAUGUCUACUGGGAGCAUCUGUCAUUGGGUGGAUUCUCCUGGUGGAUCCGCUGCUUCAUCAUCAACAUUAUCCUCUUCCUCCUCCUCUUCUUCCUCACCACCCCGGCCAUUAUCAUCUCCACCAUGGACAAGUUCAAUGUAACCAAACCAGUGGAGUACUUAAAUAAUCCAAUCAUCACCCAAUUCUUCCCCACCCUCCUUCUGUGGUCCUUCUCCGCCUUACUUCCUACCAUUGUCUACUACUCUGCCUUCUUCGAAGCCCACUGGACACGGUCAGGAGAGAACAGGACCACAAUGCAUAAAUGCUACACUUUCUUGAUCUUUAUGGUCCUGUUGUUGCCCUCCCUAGGACUCAGCAGUUUGGAUGUUUUCUUCCGCUGGCUUUUUGACAAAAGAUUCUUAGCAGAUGCUAAAGUGAGAUUUGAGUGUGUGUUCCUUCCUGACAAUGGAGCCUUCUUCGUGAACUAUGUCAUUGCGUCUGCAUUCAUUGGUAAUGCCAUGGACCUGCUGAGAAUCCCCGGUCUACUUAUGUACAUGAUCCGCCUCUGCCUGGCUCGCUCUGCAGCAGAGAGGAGGAACGUCAAGAGGCACCAAGCCUAUGAGUUCCAGUUCGGGGCAGCUUAUGCCUGGAUGAUGUGUGUCUUCACUGUGGUUAUGACCUACAGCAUCACCUGCCCAAUCAUUGUCCCUUUUGGGCUGAUGUACAUGCUGCUGAAACACCUAGCAGACAGAUACAACAUGUACUACGCCUAUCUGCCAUCCAAACUGGACAAGAAGAUCCAUUCUGGAGCUGUUAACCAAGUGGUGGCUGCUCCUAUUCUCUGUCUCUUUUGGCUUCUGUUCUUCUCCACUGUUCGCUCAGGGUUUUCAGCUGCAACAUCCAUGUUCACGUUCGUAGUUUUGAUCAUCACAAUCAUUAUCUGCCUCUCUCACGUCUGCUUCGGACAUUUUAAAUAUCUCAGUGCUCACAACUACAAGAUUGACACCCAGGAUGUGGACGGGUUGGAGAAUGGGCGUCCAGUGUGCACAUUUGCCUCCAACAAGGCAGCACAAAUGUAUAUUGCUCAGGUACUUCAAGACCCAAAUUCAGAGGAGGCUGGUUCAGGCAGUGGCGAGGACGACGGCCAGGGGUCCUCGCAGGACGAGGAAAUAAUCAAUGUCGAAAAUGGCCUGAAUGAGGACUUCCAGUCUGGUGAGGACAGCCUCAUUGAUAAUGAAGUGCGGCACUGAUACUGCCUGGAACAGAAAGAAAUCUGUUUAACUUGAGGAGUGCACUGAAUAUGUGAAUUAAAAUAGGAACUGAACCAACUGUUCUCCAAAGCAUCUCAACCUCCAUGGAGGGACUUUACACUAACAUAAGCACACUGUCUACUAAGGAUUAAAUGGAUUGUCGCUCAAGGACUUCUUCACUGGGUCUCACCAAACCGCAUCUUCUGUCUGUGUUCUGCCCCAAUAUAGCUGAGGCACACCCCCAAAACACUGCAUAUGGAUCCAUGAAAGAGACACUAAUGCACAAAUGAAGAAUUGUUUGCCUUGUCUUGUAAGGGGAGUGAUAUUCUGUCUGUGUUCCCUUAACAUUAUUGCACUUGAAAGAGGACCUGUCCUAUAAGCUCAAGUUUCACUAAGGUACUCUAGUACAGCAUGCCUUCAAGUUCAAAGGGUGGAGGGAUUUUCCUAUAAUCCUUCAGUAUCUCUAAUUGUCUGCACUAGAUUGCUUACCCUGAAUAAGCAGCUGGUGCGAGGAGAAGAACAAAAGAGAAGAUUUCACACCACCAGAUAGCUUGGUCUAUGCAUAUGUGAUGGUCUCAAAAUAGUUCUUCCAAUUCCGUAAAAGCCUUUAAAAAACACAAAGAAAUUAUUGCUACUAACACUCCUGAACGCUUUGACACUGUACAGCUACAAAACUCUGGAUUUGUAAAAUAGCCUUUUUUGACAUGGUAUUUAUUUGUAAGCAUUGAAUUUUAAAUGCUAUCAAGCUUGAUACACCCCUAAACUGUGGAAGAAGUUAAUUCAUAUCUUGGCGCACUACAUUGAUAAUGAUCUUUUUGGCGUUUAGUCUCUAAACCUUUGUUGGGACUGUUGUUGGACUGCUGCUACUGAUGCUGCCCCCAGUAGGGGGAAAUCCUUGCACGGCUGCUGCAGGAGGACUGGAGGCCAGGAGCCUGCUGAUCCUUUUGUGUUGCUCAGCUGAUAGAGAGAAAGGCCUUUUGGGGGUUUUCUGGGUCAGUUUCAGAUGAUACUCAUUGUGACUGGUUCUCUUUAUUUGUUGUUUUCAUUUGUAUCUUUUUGUCCAUAUGUUUACAUCUUUAUGUAGAGAUUUUGAAAUUAGCAGUUUAGGUGGUUACUGAUAGUUUUACAAAUUAGCUAACUAUAUCUUAUCAGCCCUCUGUCAGGUCCUCUUCAAUGUUAACUUUUAUGAGGCACUUCAUUAUGUAGGUAGCAUAUUGUAAGAUCCAGUGGUCAUUGAGCAUUGUUACAUUUUCCCAUUUGCCAGUACUCAAUGCCAAGUUGUCGAUUGUUUCAAACUGCGCAAUUUUGAUGAUGACAUAUCAAAUCUUAGGCUAGGCCACUCAAGAGACACCAGUGGAUGAGGUCCAGAUCUAUUUAUAGCCAUACUCAUUUUCAAACCUUAACCAUAUGCUAUUGAAUACUCCUAUGCCCCACCCCACCCCCGCCCCCCCAUAUUGAAAACGGUAAGGCGCUUUGUAAGGCCUCUGCCAGAGCGAAAGUAAUGUACUACAACAACAAUCGUGAAACACGCAGAUUCAAUGUUUAACAUAGUCCUGAUCUGCCUCAGCCAUAUUAAGCACCUUCUUUUCAGGUAUCAGGCAGACAAAAAAAACAUACAUACUUUAACAAUACAAAAAAAAGUAACAAAUUAGAAUGUGAAACACAGUGCCCACAUAGUAAAGACUUUACUCAGGAUUUAUCAAGCUUCUUGUUUCUGUUCAUUUCUUCCUUAGUCAAGACGACACUAUGAGCUGCCCCAUUAAACAUAAAGAAGAUUGUUUGUAAAGCAAGGCAGGGUGCUGCAGACAAAGUAACACUACAGUCUGUCACUAUGGACCAAUUAUUAUUAUUGGAGCCUGAUGUGAAAAAGGUAUUAUCCAGCUGCUCAGAGAACCAUUGUGGGAAAUGUGCACUAAUCUUACUUUCACUUAUAUGAUUGACAGAGAAGGGCACGCCCCCCUGUGGGUGUGAUGACGACAAUGGUGAACCUAAACUGUUUCGAUCAUUUGUCCAUGGAUAUAUUAGCACCACAUUAUGGGUAUAUUAUUAUGGUACUAACAAGAGAAUUGUUUGACACCAUUCAGUCCGGUGCUCUUCUAGUCAUGAUAAGGUGAUUUUAUAUUUUAUACCUCUUCAUUUUUAUACCUCUGAGAUGUCUUGAAAUCUCUGAAUGUGUCCUGUCAAAAUAACAUAUACUGUCCAGCUCUGAGGGAGACACUUAAAAAUCUCAUCUUGUCUAACAACUCUAGUGCUUAAACGCUGAAUGUAGCUUAUUCCACAACUUUUGGUAAGAUGAAAGUGGCUUAAGUAAUAGUCUGAUUGCUGUAUUUAAACAACAACAAAAGGACGGUUCACUAGCUAACCAGAAAUUGUAAGUUUUAUACUAUAACAAAACUUACUGGUGUUCAGUCCCAUGUUUUGGCAUUUCAUUUGAAUGCAGAUUUUCAUGAUUGCAGUGAUUUCCAGUAGUCUUUUGCUAAUUCCGAGUUUAGGAUCCUCAAGAUGAAUCAUGUUAUUUUAGAUUAUCUUCCUUAGAUCUGUAUAGACAGCGGGACUCACUGGAAAUAAAUGGAUUGUUUUUGUAAAAGGCCAAGCACUCUCUAAUAGUAGUUCUCAGCUCGUUUCUACAAUGGAUACAGAAAUGGGUAGUAAAAUGUCUCUGCGUCUCAAAACUGUGCACACUUAGAUUGUGUUUUUUGUGUUUUACCUUUUUUAGUUUUACAUUUUGUUUAGAUAGGAGGAGUAACAAUAGCAGAUCUCAGCAUUUGACUGUCUCAUUUUACUUUUCUUUCCAAAGGGCCGUCUGUAAAACAGAUAUAUACUGUACAUAUCUGUACUUCCCCCCAAGCUCUUUGAACAAUAAAUCUGUAUUUAAUCAA